CAGCGAGGCCUGGAACUUGACGCUCUGACGUCACAAGGUGUGCCUACAGGUGCGUUCACUGCACUGUCUGGUUUGAACUGAAAAGCCGUCGAGCUGGAAAUUCUGCAACUCGGCCGCCAGUGAAGUAGGGCGCGCGGGCUCUUCUCUGACUUUCUCGAGUUCCUGUGUUUUAUUUUUUAUUUUUUCAUUACUCGCGGUUUGCUGUGAAAGCUGCUAAAAUGAGUAAAAUCUCGAAGCUUUUCAAAGGCAGCUCAUCCAGCAGCUCGAGCUCACCCAGCUCUUCAAAGUCCAAACAUCAUCUUCGUCAUCAUCAUCAUCGGUCGAAGGGAGAUCCGUCUCCCCAGGAGGCCAUCAACAGGCUCCGGGAGACAGAGGAAAUGUUGACCAAGAAGCAGGAAUAUCUGGAGAACAGGAUACAACAAGAAAUAGCUACAGCUAAGAAGCAUGGAACAAAAAACAAGAGAGCCGCCCUGCAGGCCCUGAAGAAGAAGAAGCGCUUGGAGCAGCAGCUGGUUCAGAUCGACGGCACGCUCUCCACCAUCGAGUUCCAGAGGGAAGCUCUGGAGAACUCGCACACCAACACGGAGGUCUUGAAGAACAUGGGCUUUGCAGCCAAGGCCAUGAAGAACGUCCACAAGAACAUGGAUGUUGACAAAAUAGAUGAUCUGAUGCAGGAUAUCACAGAGCAACAAGACGUGGCUCGGGAGAUCAGCGAAGCCAUCUCCGGGCCUUUCGGCGAACAAUUUGAUGAGGAUGAGCUGCUUGCCGAGCUGGAGGAGCUGGAGCAGCAGGAGCUGGAGGACAACAUGGAGAGUAUGGGCGGACUGCCCAGCGUUCCCAGCACCAAACUGCCUUCAGCCCGACCCAGUCAGAGCACAACAACCAGAAGAAAGGGUGAAGAUGAUGACAUGCACAUGCUGGCAUCCUGGGCUACAUAAGAACAUUAAACAAUUGCUGUGCACUGUGUCGUUGAAGACUACAUUGACUUUUUUUUUUUUUACCUUUUACAGUCUUAACAAAGGUUUUUAGGGAACAUGAAGAGCUUUAUAUAUAUUUUUGUUGAAAUCUUUUUAAUUAAAAGUGAAGGAAUUGAGAAAGUAAAAUUUAGAUAAGCUGUUCCUUGUGUCUAUUUUUUUGUUUAUACAGCAAUCUUUACUAAACAGUCCAAAGUGUAUUAAGUUUGAUAAACUGUAAUUAUCAGGAAUGUCUAACGAGGACAUGACUGUCACUUUUAACAAAUAGGGAAGAACUUCAGAGCAAUUCACUGUUCUCCCUCAAAUAAAAGACAAUGUAAAGUUGGUCACUAAUUAUGUUAAAUAACUGUGAUUUCAACAUUGAUCAAUGUAAAAGUGAUUAUGAUUUUUCCACUGCUGAGCAACACUACAAGAAUCUCUGACUGUUUUUUAAAGCAAUGACUAUUUCCUCUUCUCUUGUUUGGUGGUAGCCCACACAACUUAAAGAUGUUGGUUUUUUGUAGACGAGUUUUUUUUCCUAACCAUCUUUGAACUGUUUCAUAAUGGAGUUAACAUUCUUUAUGCUAGCUUCAUUCACGGUCUAACAAAUCUUUUCCAAAUUUAGGUAACUUGGUUUAUUUAUUUUUAGAGGAAUAUUUCGUUUAGCACACACAGCUACAAAGUUUAUUUUAAUGCAUCUCACUUCUGCUGACAUUUUUUGCAGACAAAAUUUACUUACUAUCUGUGGUAUGCAUUAUUCAAAAUUUCUUUGUUCCAUACUUUAGUGUUAAUGCAGAAAUUAUUGAAUAGUUGUAACAACCCCCUGCGUGUAACAUCACACAAACUGGGAGAUAGCGAGGACAGUGCAAGACAAAAGAGUAUGCUUCAAAGUCGGUGUGGUAAAACAAUGUAUGUCYAUUACAUUGUUGUUUUGAUUGUUUAAAAAUUAAAUAAAAAAAAUUAAACUUUA